GUCGGGCUCCUUGUUGGGAGUAGGGGGUCAGUCGGGGGUCUUUGAGUAUAGGGGGUCAGUAUUGGCUGUUGGGGGUCAGUCAGGCUUUGUAUUGAACUUACACAGGACAGACUGUGAAGUGCUAGGGGGCCCCCAUGUCUGGCGGGGCCCGGUCCCUCAGUCCCCCCUUUGUAGACGCGGAGCAGAUGUGGUGCAGUCCCCGGACGGAUCCCUCCCCCGAGGAACGUUGUGGAGUGGCUCCUCCCCCCAUGUGAGGACCAUGUGACCAGCCCACCCCUCUCUCCUUCCUCCCCCGGGCAAUGUCCGCACGUCUCUGAUAUGGAAUUGGAUGGAGAUCCGGAGUCCGGGGCCCCCCAUGGAUGUACUCUGACCAGUCAAGGCUCCUUCCGCCUGCGGCCCUCCUCCUACCGGGCCCUCCGCAGCGCCGUCUCCAACUUGGCCCGCAUCGACGACUUCUACUGCGAGAGGAUCGGGACCGGCUUCUUCUCCGAGGUCUACAAGGUGCGCCAUCGUCAGUCCGGACAGAUCAUGGUGCUGAAGAUGAACAAGAUGAUGAGCAAUCGUGCCAAUAUGCUGCGGGAGGUCCAGCUGAUGAACCGACUCUGUCACCCCAAUAUACUCGGGUUCAUGGGGGUGUGUGUGCAUCAGGGGCAGCUUCAUGCCCUGACAGAGUACAUCAAUGGCGGGAACCUGGAGCAGUUACUGCAGAGUUCGGAGCCCCUCUCGUGGUCUGUACGGGUGAAGCUGAGUCUGGACAUUGCUCGGGGUCUGCGCUACCUGCACUCUAAGGGGGUCUUUCAUCGCGAUCUCACCUCCAAGAACUGCCUGGUGAGAUACGAUGACAGCGGAUACACCGCCGUGGUGGGAGAUUUCGGAUUGGCUGAGAAGAUACCGGACCGCAGUCAGACGGAGCCGCUCACAGUGGUUGGCUCCCCGUAUUGGAUGGCCCCCGAGGUGCUGCGCGGUGACCUGUACAACGAGAAGGCCGACGUCUUCUCCUUUGGGAUCGUAUUGUGUGAGAUAAUCGCCCGGAUUCCAGCCGAUCCCGACUAUCUUCCCCGAACAGAGGAUUUUGGUCUGGACAUCAAGUCGUUUCGGGAAAUGGUUGAGCCGGACUGUCCCCCCGCCUUCCUCCAGCUGGCCUUCCACUGUUGUUGGAUGGCGCCUGACUCCAGGCAGUCCUUCAGUGAGGUGAGCCUGCGACUUGAAGACAUCAUGGAGGAGAUGGAUGUGAUGAAGACUCCAAACAGAAGCCAGAAGGAGGUGUCGGAGUUGAUAACCCCAGGCAGUGGUGAAAGGAGACCUUCGUUGCUCUCAGAUAAUCAGGAACGAUCAUGGGAUCUUCCAUCGCCCCCUGACCAGCGAUUGUCCCGCAGCCAAUCGGACAUGUUCUCUCUCCAGCCGCCGCUCUUGCAGCGCUCUCAGGAUCUGUACAAUGACCUCAUGCAUGACGCUCCUGCCCGCAUUAACCCUUUCUCUCAGAGAGAAGACCUGAAGGGUGGAAGAAUAAAGCUUUACGACACCCCAAGCAAAUCAGUCAUUUCAUUGACAUUUGACCUUCCACCCCCACUGUCCUACCAGUCCAGCAGUCCGGUCACCCCGGAGCCCAUGGUGGAUGCCCAGUGUGACUUCUCGGAGAUGAUGGGCAGACCAAGGCGCUGCCGCUCUCUUCCGUCCUCUCCUGAGAUAACGCGGAGAGGAAGUCUGUGCCCCAUCACCACCCCGGUACAGAGAGGUCUCCACUUUAAAGGGGAAAGUUGUGACAUUGAUGUAAGUUCUGUACAAACGGAUGGAAGCAAUAGGACAGUCAAUGGGUUCUUACAGAAUGAUUUUCAGAAUUCUGUGGCGACUCCCACCACUAAUCUGCUCCAAAGUCUAAAUUCUCCAAUGAAUCUGGAAUCCGGUGGGGUGACAGAAUCUCUGCUUGAUAAAGACUGGACAUUAAACACGAGCGCUGGUGCGUGUGGCCAGGAAGUGAGACAGUUUGGUGGGGCUCUCAUAGACUACAUGAAGGAGGAGUCCACAGAAAAGAAAGCCCUAAAUCCAAACAGUGAACAGUUGGCAAAAAACACUAGUCCCCCAAGUACUGAUGACCCGAGGGAAAAAGACUCUGCAGAGAACUCUAUUGGUGUUUCAGAUUGGGAGGUCAAAGCUUUAUCCCCAGAUCUUCACCCUCAUGGAACGAAGAGUCAACCUGGGGGUCCAGAGAUCCCAAAGCCUCACGAGAGUUCAAAGGACUGGAAUCAACGGUGGAAACCUAAUGGGACAAUGUCAGGAGACAAUGCGGAACUUGUGCGGCCGGAGAUUGGAGAGCCCAUGGAUUGUUCAAGCAGUCCGGAGAGCACAGAAGAGAACACUUUUUGUAGGAGGCUGUCGCAGGUGCGGGCCAAUGGAUCGCUUCCCGCUCGCCUGACUCCUCCUCACUCUUCAUCGUCUUCUACACCUUUGUCUUCCCGUUCCCCCUCUCCCCCUGUAAGCACAUGGCAGCAGGAACCACCAGGUGUCCCCAACAGCAUAAGUCUUUCGGACAAUAACAAUGUAGUCCGCAGCAAGCCCAUCGGAUGGGUUGGCUUGCGGCAUCCCCACCCUCUAGGUUCAAUGGAGGGCAACCUAUGGGAGGGUAGCUUACCAGGCCUGGGGUGUGAAGGAGCCGAGAGCGGAAGCAUGGCUCCUCUGCAUGCUUCCUCCAGUUCAGUCCUGGACCACGAAGAGACAGUAUCCUGUCCUAUCUGCUGCCUAGGGAGCUUCAGCUUCAUAUCGGUGUGUCGCCGUUCACCUCCAGACUCCUCCCGAUAUCAAAACCUGAACUGCGAGUCGAGUCGCGGCCUCAUCCGCACAGCCCCGCGGCUUGGCACGCCCAGGCCAGGUCCAAGCAGGAAGCUGCCAGAAGCGCAAACUUAGCGAUUUCCAAGUACUGUAGCUUUUCGGAAAGUCUUCUGAUGCACGGGACACUUUUUGUGAGGGCUUUGUUUACAAACAUGGAGCCGCUGUGAUGGUUUAUGUCCAAGUCCAUGCGUUCUUUUUGCUCCGAGUUUGCACUUAGCUUUGGCCGACUACUGGUGCGAGCUACGUAAUACUAAUUUAAUGUUUUUGUUGAAAGAAAAAAUUCUUACGCAUUGAUGCACAAGCAUGGCUACAAUUUAGGGGCCUGUUAUUUAUUUA